GGGCGAGUCACGUGGGGGCGAGGCGCGCUAAGUGCGGCUGCGUUGGCCGGUAGCUGCAACUGGAGCGGUUGUGUUCGGAGGAGACGCGAAACUGGAUGGCUUCUACAGGGAGCCAGGCCUCGGCUAUAGACCAGAUUUGGGAGCUCUUGAGUGAUGGCGCACCUCCCACCAAAAAGCCCAGGAAGCUGCUCCCAAGCCUGAAAACGAAGAAGCCUCGGGAGCUCGUGCUGGUGAUUGGAACGGGCAUCAGUGCUGCAGUCGCACCGCAGGUCCCAGCCCUGAAAUCCUGGAAGGGGUUGAUUCAGGCCUUACUGGAUGCGGCCAUUGAUUUUGAUCUUCUAGAAGAUGAGGAGAGCAAAAAAUUUCAGAAAUGUCUCCAUGAAGACAAGAACCUUGUCCAUGUUGCCCAUGACCUCAUCCAGAAACUCUCUCCUCGUACUAGUAAUGUUCGAUCCACAUUUUUCAAGGACUGUUUAUAUGAAGUAUUUGAUGACUUGGAGUCAAAGAUGGAAGAUUCUGGUAAACAGCUACUUCAGUCAGUUCUCCACCUGAUGGAAAAUGGAGCCCUGGUAUUAACUACAAAUUUUGACAAUCUCCUGGAACUGUAUGCAGCAGAUCAGGGAAAACAACUUGAAUCCCUUGACCUUACUGAUGAGAAGAAGGUCCUCGAGUGGGCUCAGGAGAAGCGGAAGCUGAGCGUCUUGCACAUCCAUGGGGUCUACACCAACCCUAGUGGCAUUGUCCUUCACCCAGCUGGCUAUCAGAAUGUGCUCAGGAACACUGAAGUUAUGAGAGAGAUUCAGAAGCUCUAUGAAAACAAGUCGUUCCUUUUCCUGGGCUGUGGCUGGACUGUGGAUGACACCACUUUCCAAGCCCUUUUUCUGGAGGCUGUCAAGCACAAAUCUGACUUAGAACAUUUCAUGCUGGUUCGGAGAGGAGAUGUGGACGAGUUCAAGAAGCUUCGAGAAAACAUGCUGGACAAAGGGAUUAAAGUCAUCUCCUAUGGAAAUGAAUAUGCUGACCUUCCAGAGUAUUUCAAGCGACUGACAUGUGAGAUCUCCACAAGGGGAAGGUCAGCAGGGACGGUAAGAGAAGGCCAGCUAAAUGGCUCAGAAGGCCAGCUAAAUGGCUCAUCGACAGCACACAGUGAAAUGAGAGACUGUAGUACAUGAGAGGGCUAGAGGAAUCACCACCAUUAGCCCAAGCUGUAAGGGCCUACCGUGGACAGUGUUUAACAAGUAAACUCACAAGAACCCAAAACAGCGCCUAGGAACUACCAGAACGCAGAGGUUGAAGGCCGGGGUUAGUGGGCGGGUGUCGCAGCUUACCCCUUCGUGCAGUGCCGGCUGCUUCCUGAUCCUCUGCGGCCUGUUCCAGUUCAAUACCCAAGUGACAAGGGACCCGGAGGCCGCCCCGCCCCACCCCCAGGCUGGACAGGCCUACGUCCACACAGCAGGGACAUCUCUACCGACCGUGGCCACAGCUCCGCAUGAAGAACUCGGGAUCUAGAUGCCACGGGAGCGCCGCGGCCCUUGUUGCAGUUUUGUACUCUAUGCUUGGUUUUUCAGUUACGCUUAAUGGCACUUUUAAAACAUGGCUUGAAGCUCUGGUUUUCUAGCUCUUUUACAGUGUACAGUCUUUUACAUAAUUGAGUUGUAUUGAAAGCUUGUUCAUUUACUUC